AUGUCGGACCUCUCUGGGUCACGCUCCCCGAUUCCCCCUCCCCCGCCGCCACCCACCAAGUACUCCCAUCGGGCUGCCAACGCGCUCGCCCGCUUUGCCCAGCCGUUCUUCUCCGGGUCGAGACCCCCCAGUCCGCACAAUAGCCGGGUCGAUGGUCCGCGGCCGAUCAGGUCCAAAUCGCUGCCUGGUGAACCGCAAACCGUUACCCACCGCACUGGUAUUCCCAUUGCCGCUCUAGAUAUCUCGCCGCAGAGGACGCACGCAGUCAUCGGAGGCAAAGAGAUUCUCAAAACCAUCCGAGUAUCGCCUGAUCACUCGUCGGAGGAAUUUAACAUUCGCAAUGCGGUCAUCAGCUAUGCAUCGACCCACCAUGAGACGGGCGCGCCGAUGCCGCACAAAGAUCAGUUGAAUGUGAAGGAUGUCAAGUGGUCACAUGGCAAUUACGACCGGAUAAUCGCGACCGCGGUCGCCAAUGGUCGGAUUGUGGUCUACGACCUGCAGCGGCCCGACCUCCAAUUAUGUCGCUUCCAGGGCCACAACCGUCAGGUUCACAGACUCGCCUUUAACCCCCAUCUCGCAUCAUGGCUGCUGUCUGGCAGUCAAGAUGGUACGAUUCGAAUGUGGGAUCUGCGUUCGGCCUCUGCGAAUCGGGGCCUUUCCACGUGCGGCAGCAAGCAUGUGUACCAGGGCAAUAGCGAUGCGAUCCGGGACGUCCGGUGGUCUCCUAGCGACGGCGUCGUGUUUGCGACCGCCUCAGACAGCGGCGCCAUCCAGAUGUGGGAUUCGCGCAAGACGAACGCCCCCCUGAUGCGCAUCGCGGCUCAUGAUCGACCUUGUUACGCAGUCGACUGGCACCCUGACGGGAAACACAUCGUGAGUGGAGGCACGGAUCGGCAGGUCAAGGUCUGGGAUUUCUCAUCUGCAGAGCGACGGCAAAAGCCUGCGUUCCAGUUCCGGACCCCCCAGGCUGUCACCAAUGUCCGGUGGCGACCACCUUCGUGGGUGGGCGACUCGCCCAGCUCGGGAGAGUGGCAGUCGUCCCAGAUUGUGACCACCUAUGACAAGGAAGAUCCCCGAAUUCAUCUUUGGGAUCUUCGGCGCCCGCAUGUCCCCUUCCGCGAGUUUGAUCGGUACGAUGUACCGGCAACCGACCUACUCUGGCACUCCAAGGAUCUGCUGUGGACGGUCAGUGAGGCUGGAGCGUUCACCCAAACCGAUGUUCGCUAUGCUCCGACGGUUGUUAACCGCCGGCCGAUGUGCUCCGUCGCCUGGAGUCCCAAUGGUGGGUUCGUAGCAUUCGGCCAGCAGCGACCAAGGCGGCGUGCCUUGGGUGUGAAUGCUUCCGAGUUUCUCCACAUCGGCGAGGACAGGGGCAGUAGCGGCGAGAAGUCGCUAAGCCAAAGUCCGGCCGAUGAUAACCUCGAAGAGGUUGCUCUAGCCUCGUCGUUCCGGCCUCGACAGACCAAGUCAUCAGCGAUCCGACCAUCGAAGUCUUUGGGCAGCACCCCGCCAGCCGCAGUCGAUAUCAUUCCCGUUUUGCCCCUUGAACAAGCUCUUGCCAAGAUACCCGCCCUAGUCCCAAGUCAGCUAGGAUCGAUUGGGACUAUACCUGGUGCCACCCAUGAUCCAUUCGUCUUUCGGUUCUUGGCAAGCCAUUACUCACCAAUAAUGAACGAAUACGCCCACAGGCAAAGCGAUGCUGAAGUUCUGAACUCGUUGUUGGAUUCACUCGAUCACAAUGCUGAGUGUGCGGAUAAAUUGUCCCUGACAAAGCUGGCUCAAACCUGGCGGAUCAUCAAGUUCGCCAUCCUCCAAGAGCUCCAACGUAGAUCAAGGGAGCAGCCGUCCGGCAAGGGUGCUGUGAAAGGAAAGCCAUCCAAAGACGGCCUGUUGACCGACAAAUCACGGGCAGUGGACGAAGGCCGUCAGGGCAAGGUGAAGAGCCGAUUGUUUAAGGGUGUCAUGGAGACCGAGGGACAAAGAGGUCUCAUUCCCGAGGCCGAGAGCACGUCGAACAUGACCACACCACUUGCGCAGCCAUUGCCUGAUUCCCCGCAGGUCUCCUGGGCAAGUAGCACAGACUCGCAGAUCCCCUCCCUUAAUGAGAAUGCGAUCGACUUUGACCCUCUUCCACCGUCGGUUUUGAGUUCGCACAAUGGCUGGGGUAUGUCGGACCCGGAUGCUUCUCCUAUUCACCAUCCCCUGCCUUUGACCCAGGAGCAAUCACUGUCCGGCGAAGACACCCGGCACUCUCUAGGUUCCAUCCCCGAUCGUCUGCGUGAUCCACUACAGCCGGACCUGGACAAUGAGCAGAGAUCCGCACCACGAGCGAUUGCAGGCCGAUCAGACUGGCGCGUUCGUGGCCGCUCAGACUUCCCCCGAGAGGCCUCCGAGGAUGAUUAUGACCAGAAGAUGGAAGACAAGCGGGCUGCGCUUCGUGACUACAAACAAUACCCGAAGAAGAGUUUCCCCAUGUUCUCUGCCUCUACGGAUAGCUCUCAUCCUUCCAAAUCAAUUGCUGCCUCAUACUCGUCCAAUGGGCGACUCUCAGAUGCUCGAACGGCGGAGAGUGGGCAGGCUGGUUCAUACGCUGCGGGUCGGCCUGCUGCCACGGCGAGGCGAGAAUCCAAUUUGGAUCCGGCACCGGAGGAGCCUGAAGAUGACUUGGAUCUAGACGAGUCGGCUGUCGAAAAUGAUCAAGUCCAUCUCGAACGGCCGUCCAGUCCACCUCCAUUGCUGACUGAGUCAACUCCACUUGAGCAGCCAGGUUUGGAGAACGGGUUCAGGUCUGGUGUCAAUAGCACUACCGCCAGUUCCGCUUAUCCCGGCGUAGCAGGUAUUUACGAAGAACUUUCGCAAAUCAAGAUUCCUCUCAGUCCGGAUGCAACAGAUCUCACUCCAUGGAGCAUCGAAGCUAUUAUGAAAGAGGCAGUUCGAUACUACCAUAGCAGCAGCACUGUUGAUAUCCAGACAGCAGCACACCUGCUGCAGAAGCUGCACGUUCUUUUCCAGGACUGUGAGGAGAUCCUUCCCUACGAAGAGUGUGAAUUAGUCUACAAAACCUACAACGAAUAUCUCAUCCGACACUCAAUGGACCUGGAAGCCGCAGAGCUCCGCCUGUCUUGCGUGCCGACCUACCCUGGCGUCUACGACUAUGCCCAGGCUGACACCUUCAUCAACCACCCCACAAGCACCCUGCUCAAUCUGCAUGAGCAUCGACCCACCCCCGAAUGGGUCGCCGCCCAGCGCGAAAAGUCCCCUUCUUCCGGCAACACAAGCCCUGACCCGAGCGUCGAAACAACCUCACACCUCUCCACCCACCAUUCCGUGUCAACGGAGUCCGUCUCACUAUCCGAGCUGAGGCCUCUCGACUCCUUCACCCCGCCCAGACCCAAAGGCUCCUCCCUCUGGACCUGGUGCCAAGGCUGCGGCCACGGCGGCCACCUUGCCUGCAUCUCGACUUGGCUGGACGACCUGUCUAUCAGCGAAGGCGGCUGCGCCACGCCAGGCUGCUCGCACGACUGCGGGCCCGGCCCGCGCCGCGAUGUUAAUCGCCAGAUGCUCCAGGCCGAGUCCAAGCGCCGCGAUUCGGCGAGCCGCUCUGCGGGCGUGGGGCUCGUGAAGCGCGAUCCGUGGACCAAGGGCGAGAGCAAGGCUGUUGAGAAGGUGCGUGGGAUGCUCGGCGCUGCGGGCGUGGCUGCUGGUAGCGGGGCUGGUUUGACUUCCUCGACGAUGAACUCUACUGCUGGACAGGGAGGCCAGUCGUCGGGUGCCGGGUCGCCGAAGAAGGUUCGGCUUGUGACGCCUGUUGAGCAGGGGAGGCGGAGGGCUGCCUCUGGUCGGUCUGGUGGAGCGAGCAGGGACCAGACCGGACCUUGA